CGGGGGGCUGGCGGCAGCGGCGGAUGGACUCGCGGGUAUCGGAGCUGUUCGGCGGCUGCUGCCGGCCCGGAGGAGGCCCGGCCAUGGGCGGGAACCUCAAAGCUCGGGGGGCCGGUGGUAGCAGCAGUUGCGGGGGCCCAAAGGGGAAGAAGAAGAACGGAAGGAACAGAGGAGGUAAAGCCAACAACCCUCCGUACCUGCCCCCAGAGGCUGAAGAUGGAAACAUCGAAUAUAAACUGAAGCUGGUGAACCCAUCCCAGUACCGCUUUGAGCAUCUGGUGACGCAGAUGAAGUGGCGGCUGCAGGAGGGACGUGGUGAGGCCGUCUACCAGAUUGGGGUGGAGGACAAUGGGCUGCUGGUGGGGCUGGCUGAGGAGGAGAUGCGGGCUUCCCUCAAGACCCUGCACCGGAUGGCAGAGAAGGUUGGGGCAGACAUCACUGUUCUUCGGGAGCGAGAAGUGGAUUAUGAUAGUGACAUGCCCCGGAAGAUCACGGAGGUGCUGGUACGGAAGGUUCCUGACAACCAACAGUUCCUAGAUCUCCGCGUGGCAGUCCUAGGGAACGUGGACUCGGGGAAGUCAACCUUGCUUGGAGUCCUGACCCAAGGAGAGCUGGACAAUGGGCGGGGCCGGGCCCGGCUCAACCUUUUCCGCCACCUGCAUGAGAUUCAGUCUGGCCGAACCUCCAGCAUCAGCUUUGAGAUCCUGGGCUUUAACAGCAAGGGAGAGGUGGUGAAUUACAGUGACUCACGGACCGCAGAAGAGAUCUGUGAAAGCAGCUCCAAGAUGAUCACCUUCAUUGACCUGGCGGGCCACCACAAAUACCUGCACACCACCAUCUUCGGCCUCACCUCCUACUGCCCCGACUGUGCCCUGCUCCUCGUCAGUGCCAACACUGGAAUCGCCGGCACCACACGGGAACAUCUGGGGCUGGCCUUGGCCCUGAAAGUGCCCUUCUUCAUCGUGGUCAGUAAAGUGGACCUGUGUGCUAAGUCCACGGUGGAGAGGACAGUACGCCAGCUGGAGCGGGUCCUCAAGCAGCCUGGCUGCCACAAGGUCCCCAUGCUGGUCACCUCUGAGGAUGAUGCUGUCACUGCUGCCCAGCAGUUUGCCCAGUCACCCAAUGUCACCCCCAUAUUCACACUGUCCAGUGUGUCUGGAGAGAGUCUGGACCUUCUCAAAGUCUUCCUGAAUAUCCUGCCUCCACUCACCAACAGCAAAGAACAGGAAGAGCUCAUGCAGCAGCUGACAGAAUUCCAGGUGGAUGAAAUCUACACAGUCCCAGAGGUGGGGACUGUGGUUGGAGGAACACUUUCCAGUGGGAUCUGCCGUGAGGGAGACCAGCUGGUGGUAGGCCCCACAGACGAUGGCUGCUUCCUGGAGCUGAGAGUAUGUAGCAUCCAGCGCAACCGCUCUGCCUGCCGUGUGCUGCGAGCUGGUCAGGCUGCUACGCUCGCCCUCGGAGACUUUGACCGUGCAUUGCUUCGCAAGGGCAUGGUGAUGGUGAGCCCCGAGAUGAAUCCCACCAUCUGCUCAGUGUUUGAAGCAGAGAUAGUCCUACUGUUCCAUGCCACCACCUUCCGGCGGGGAUUCCAGGUGACGGUACAUGUGGGCAACGUACGGCAGACAGCAGUGGUGGAAAAGAUCCAUGCGAAGGUGAGAGGACCCAGCCAUGUCUCCAUUUCUACAGGGAAGUCGGUAUCUGCCUCCAUACAGGAGGGAGCCCUACCAUCACACUUGCUUGAGAGUUACCUGAGCCCGGAAAGGGAGCAAAGCCCCUACAGGGUGGGUAGCAGCCCACCUAGGGGCCUUUGGGUGGAGCCAAGGCUAACAGAGAACAGAAUGGGAGGUACUGGCCAGGGCUGUGACCACUUUUCUCCUGAAGGACAAGCUGCGGACAGGGGAGAAGGCAGUGGUACGUUUCCGUUUCCUGAAACAUCCAGAAUACCUGAAGGUGGGCGCCAAACUGCUGUUCCGAGAGGGUGUUACCAAGGGCAUCGGUCAUGUCACGGAUGUGCAAGCCAUCACAGCAGGAGAAGCCCAGGCCAGCAUGGGCUUCUGAGUCCUCAAAACAGCUCUGCUGCUGCUGUCCCUACAAUACAUAAGGUGACUUCCAGCCACGCUGCCCACCGUUGGCGGCUCUGUGUGUUAAUAGGCUAGACAGAGUGUCUGCUGCCACUUGCUUUGUGCCACCUUUCUGGAGAGGUGACAAACUUGGUGUGGCCAGGGAGAGGCAGUCCUGAGGGAGAAGACAAUUCAGGGCAGUUCUCAGCUGUGCCCCCUGGUUGGCUCAUUAACCCUGGCAGCUUCACGGUUUUGUCUACUGGAGGGAGUGGUGCAUAGCCAUCUUGGGGCCACUGUCAGGACUGGGCAUGCCCCACUGCACUUCAGGAAUUGUCAUAACUGGGGUGGCCCUUGAAAGCACCUCUUUUUUAUACUUCCUCUCAAGGCCACGUAAGUUGCCCAUCUCUACCUGACUGUGGAUAAAAGACAGUGCUCCUGGCCAUCUAGGGGACCCAGGGACUGAAGAAAUGGCACAGAGACCGUGAAAGACUGUGUUCCUACCCUGUGUUGAGUCCUGCUGCAUAUCCCUGGCUUUAUUUUGUCCUCCUUAAGGGCCAUUUCCCCAGAUCUUCCUGUUAGAGGCCCCACUUGGUGCUAUUUGUGGUGCUGGCCCAGGUGUGGGGCUGCCAAGCUAAGGCUUGGCACACCAAAGGCCAGCUGCAUGUCAAUCAGUUUCUUUUUCUCUGCGGGUCAUCUGUUGGUUUUCAUGCUAGAUCAAAUAGUAUGCUUUCCUUUCCCAACCCGGGAGCUGCAGAACCUGACCCACAGUUGUGCAUCCUGGCAUCCUCAUCCCCAUUCCUGCUCCCACAUAAAUUUUCUCUGGUUUUAGUAAUUUGUAGUGACCACCCCCUUCCCUCUGUUGCCGGGAACCAGGAGGAAAGGGAAAGAUAUCAUUCUAGGCAUGGACAACCUCCUUUCCCUUUGCUAGCAUCCUGGGUUCCCAUGAACUCAGGGAUUUGUUGGUUGAAGAUUCUCUCUGCACAUGUGUAUAUAUAUAUAUGUACAUAUAUUUAAAUACACAUAUAUA